UCUUAUCGCACGCAAACAAUCCUGAACAAAAAUGCCUUCAUUCGGUAUAAAAUUGAUUUAUUAUCGAUGUUUCGAUUAGCACGACAUCGUCGCAGCCUGGCCGGUGCGGUGCGGCUUGCAGCGGUCAGCCAGACGCUGUCCAGCCCAUUGCAAACAAACCGUACGAGGACGUGCGAUGAAAAUGGUUCCAGCUACUUGGAAUCAAUUCACCACCAAUGCCACUCAACGCAUAUGCGCUACACCAGGCGGCAUGUACCGCGGAAUCCGGUCCGGUGGUUGCUAAAAAUAAAUCGUUACCAACCCAGCUGUCAGUGGCUGACAUUUCUCGAUAGGCCUUUCAUCGUUGUUUUUGUUGCUGCAAAUUGUGUGUGCUAGCAGAAACACAUCUGGCCCCGUCGUCUGCUACAUUUUCCUGGUCCGGCAGCAGCAGCAGCAGAACCGUGCUCCACCGUGUUCGGCGAUUCCGGGUUGAUGGUCGAUGAUCCUGGUUCGGCCCGUAGCUCAAAGGCAUACUAGUGAAAGCACUUGCUCGUUGUUGCAUCGUUGUAGCGCUCGCUCACCCGUUUCACCAUGGCACUAAACCCGCAGUACGAAGAAAUUGGCAAAGGAUUCGUCACCCAGUACUAUGCCUUAUUUGAUGACUCAACGCAACGACCGACCCUGGUAAACCUGUACAAUGCGGAGCUAUCCUUCAUGACGUUCGAAGGGCAACAAAUUCAGGGCGCGGCAAAGAUUCUCGAAAAACUGCAGAGCCUCACGUUUCAAAACAUUAACCGUGUGCUGACGGCGGUCGACUCGCAACCGAUGUUUGACGGUGGUGUGCUGAUCAACGUCCUUGGAAGAUUGCAAUGUGACGAUGAUCCACCACAUGCGUACUCCCAAACCUUCGUGCUGAAACCGAUUGGAGCGUCGUUCUUCUGUGCACAUGAUAUUUUCCGCCUUAAUAUUCACAACACCGCAUAAGCAUAAGCAACAAAGGAAAACUACACACACACACACACACACGCGAACGAACAAAGUUUCUGAACAUGGAAAAUGGGAUUUUUACUAACUUUAAAACACAACGCAGCACAACAGGAUGCGCGCACGUGCGCAAACAGAUCAGACACCUUCUUCCGGCGUUUUGAAGCUAUUUAAUUGUGCCGUUGCCCGGUUGCUGUAUGUUGGACGACGAAUGGAACCAUCUCUCUCUCAUCAGCAGCCCAAGUUUUUUUUACAUAAUAAAUUAUGCUUUACUAACAGCCUGCAACAAACGAAA